GAGCUGCCUAUAUAAACAGACCAGCUCAAAGCCGCCAGCCAACGCACAAGAGUAGUACAAGACAAAGGUUGCUUGCUUCCCACAUCGACACAAACCAGCGCGACGGCUCGAUCCGCAUUGCCUGUCACGACAACGACAGCGACGCGCCCUCCCGCACGCGAGGUCGUCCAUGGCGGUCUCCGGGGCCCGCCCUGCGUCGGCGGAGGAGGAGGAGAGGGCGGCGGCGUCCAGGAGCAAGAAGCGGUCGUCGAUCCUCGGGGCCCUCCGGGAGGCGAUCAGGAAGGUCCGGUUCCUGCUCUCCUCCGGCGCGACGCGGUGGAUGCUGCUCGCGCGCGCCGCGCCGCGCCGCGGCCUCAGCUUCGGCUCGCGCCCGCCGGGGCUGCUCGACGUCGAGGGCAGCAUCGUGUCGCCGGCGGCCUCCUCCUCCUCCAGCUCCAGGACGUCCAGGUCGGCGAGCCUGGGGACGGCGACUACGAGAAGCCUGUCGCGGGCGAGCAGCGCCGCAGCGUCUUCGCCGGAGGCCGCGUCCAGCGGCGGGUCGCCGGCGUCGUCGGGCGGGGACAGCGACGUCGACCGCCGCGCGGAUCUGUUCAUCUCCAACUUCCGCAGGCACCUGGAGAUGGAGCGGCAAGUCUCGCUGCAGCUGCGGUACGUCAGGCUCAACAGCUGGGAGGACAGGACGCCCUAGUCCUUUUCCAGCGGAUCAUCAUCCUUUGGCGCAUAGCAAUUUCCUUCGCAGAAGGCACCGUGAAUGGAUUUGGAUGGGUAUUUUACCCACAUCAUUUCCGCACAUUCUUUUGUUUUAGAUAGUACAGUUUCUUUUAAAAAAAACUGUUGAUUGAGAGUGUAAAUACAAAACAGUUGGCAUUUGGCUGACAAUAUCAAAGCAGAUGUUCGGUUUUGACUUUUGGUUAUGUGAGGAAAGAGGAAGCACGCCCAAUUGACAGUGUUUAUGUUCAAUUGAUUGA